UCAAUGGAGUGGCCGCUUAGGAGGAAAAACCUCGGCGGUCAUCAGUCCAGGGUACCCAGGUGCUCUGAUCGGCGGGAGCACACAUCAUCAUCUGGUCGAUUGAUUGGUAAUCGCAUGUCGUAAUCCAACGAUCAAGUUGAACAGUUUGGAGCUGCGAUCUCAUGCAACCUUACCGCUUAACUUAUCCAAACUGGGGAUAUGCACACAGAAAAGCCGAGCGGGAGAGCGAGCGAGAGAGAGAAACAGAGAGAGAGAGAGAGAGGUGUGAAUGGCGUUCCUUCAGUGUCUUUCCCCUAGCUUCACACUUCCACUCAAACCCAAGUCCCACAAUGGCGACUCAACUCCUUUCCUGCAUGCUUCCAACUCCCUCUGCGGAUACCCACUUGACGAUUCAUCCCAUUCUGAACCAUCAAUGAGAUCGUUCAGGAUGGGUGGAACGAAAGCUUCAAUUGUUUGCAGUGCUGGUUCUGAAGAGAAUGCCCAAAGGGACGGGAGGAAUAUAUAUGUCAACAAGGAUAAACGCCAAGCUGAGGUUUGCAUUGAGAAGAAUACAAGCUCAUUUUGCUUAAGAAAAUGUGCAGUAUCGCUAGCACUCUCUGUUGGCCUGAUUUCUGGAAUACCUGCUCUUCAAUCACCUGCUUAUGCGAGUGAAGUUGCUGGCCCUGCGCUUCCUGAUCUCUCUGUGCUGAUAUCUGGGCCUCCCAUUAAAGACCCAGGCACCUUACUAAGGAAUGCACUGCCUAUUAAUAACAAAGCCAUUAGAGAGGUUCAAAAGCCACUCGAGGACAUCACGGAAAGUCUUAAAAUUGCAGGCACCAAGGCGUUAGAUUCUGUUGAGAGAAAUGUGAGGCAGGCUUCCCGUGCUCUUGCUCAAGGAAGAUCUGCCAUUUUGGCUGGUCUGGCUGAGCCAAAAAGAGAAAAUGGUGAGGAGUUACUUGAUAAGUUAGCUGUUGGACUUCAGGAGCUUCAAAGAAUAGUGGAAGACAGGAACAGAGAUGCAGUAGCACCAAAACAAAAGGAGCUUCUUCAGUUUGUGGGAACUGUUGAAGAAGAUAUGGUAGACAGCUUCCCAUAUGAAGUCCCUCAAGAGUACAAUAGCAUGCCUCUUUUGAAGGGUAGAGCAACUGUGGAUAUGAAGGUCAAGAUUAAGGAUAACCCCAAUAUUGAGAACUGUGUGUUUCAAAUAGUUCUGGAUGGUUAUAAUGCUCCUGUAACAGCAGGAAACUUUCUUGACCUGGUGGAACGACAUUUCUAUGAUGGAAUGGAGAUACAAAGAGCUGAUGGUUUUGUUGUUCAAACUGGUGAUCCUGAGGGGCCUGCUGAAGGUUUUAUUGAUCCAAGCACUGGUAAAACAAGGACAAUUCCACUGGAACUAAUGGCUGUUGGGGACAAGAUGCCUGUUUAUGGUGCAACACUAGAAGAGCUUGGACGAUACAAGGCACAAACAAAACUUCCAUUUAAUGCAUUUGGAACAAUGGCAAUGGCUCGUGAGGAAUUCGAGAACGACUCUGCUUCAAGCCAAGUAUUUUGGCUACUAAAAGAAAGUGAGCUCACUCCGAGCAAUGCCAACAUAUUAGAUGGGAGAUAUUCAGUGUUUGGAUAUGUCACAGACAAUCAAGAUUAUUUGGCUGAUCUUAAGGUAGGUGAUGUCAUAGAGUCAAUGCAAGUUGUAUCUGGUCUCGAAAACCUUGUCAAUCCUAGCUAUAAGAUUGCAGGAUAAGAUCUGCAAUCAAUAUUCUUUAUUUCGUUGAGGGUCCCCAUAGGCCAAUCUCAACACAUCGGCUGUGUAAUUUCCUUUGAGCUUGAUUCAUCUUGUGUAAUCUACUGCCUCACCACCCAGCAUGGAGCAGCAUGACUUGGUUUUGAUUUGUCUAACUAUCAAGGAGGUCAUGAAUCUUAAGAACACUAGCUUAGCUUGUAUCUAUGAAGAAGUUAUGUCUCUCUCU